CUGUUCCUCUCCUGCAGAAGAGCUUCCCCUAAACUUUCACAUUCCACCUUCAAAUAAGCCACGAUGAGCAGACAGGCACCUACAGUGAGAUCUGUCCUGGGACGAAGAGGCUUCAGUUCAGCUUCAGAGAUUUGUGGUCGAAGCUACGCUGCCUCUGCCUGCCAACCUGUCCGAUGCGGAGCUGGUGCCUAUAGCAGCAGGAGCGUCUGCAACCUGGGUGGAAACAGGAGAAUCUCCUAUGUGAACGGGGUCUGUGGUACUGGAUGUUUUGGAGAGUUCGGCUUUGGCGGUGUAGGCUUCGGUAAUGUUGGAGGAAGGGUUGGUCUUUGUGGCCCCAGGGGAUAUAGUAUUGUGAGAGGUUACCCCGAUCGCAAGGCUGAUGGCAUCCAAGGUAUCUGCAUUGAUGAACGGCUUCUGAAGCCCCUCUGCGUUGGGAUCGACCCGCUGGAACAUGAAAUACGCUGUCAGGAGAAGGAACAGAUCAAGACCCUCAACACCCAAUUUGCCUGCUUCAUCGACAAGGUCCGAUUCCUGGAGCAGCAGAACAAAGUGCUGGAGACCAAGUGGGGCCUCCUGCAGCAAUACGUCCUACCCAAGAAAGGGAAAAACCUUGAACUGUACUUCGAGAAUUACAUCUGUGACCUGCGGAAGCGCCUGGACUGCUUGCUAUGCGAAAAGCAAAAACUGGGCAGCGAAGAGUGUGCCACAAGCCAGCUGGUGGAGGAGUUCAAGUGCAAAUAUGAAGAGGAAAUCAACAGGCGUACAACCGUGGAGAAUGAGUUUGUGGCACUCAAAAAGGAUGCAGACUGUAUCUUUUUGAAUAAGGAAGAGCUGGAGGUGAAGGUGGAUCUGUUAAGAAGGCAGUUGGAGCUGUUGAAAUGCGUGUUUGAGGAGGAACGGGCUCAGGUAGAUCGCCAGCUAUGCGACACUUCGGUCAUCGUGAAAAUGGACAACAACCGAGACCUGGACAUGGAAAGCAUCAUCAAGAAUGUUGAAUGCUGGUACCAAGAAAUAGCUCAGAAGAGCAAAGAAGAAGUCGAUGCUUUCUACCAAACCAGGUUUCAGGAGCUUCAGGAUAAGAGAGGCAAGUAUUGCGAUGAUCUGCAAAGCAACAAAUGCGAGAUUUCGGAGCUAACCCGGAUGAUACAGAAGCUGCAGUGUGAACUGGAGAAUGUGAAGAAGCAGGUCUCCUGCCUGCAAACCUCCAUUUGUGAUGUUGAGCAGCGUGGGGAUUGUGCCCUGAAAGAUGCCCGGGAGAAGCACGUUGAGCUGCAGAAUGCCCUCCAGAAGGCCAAGGAUGAGCUGGCUUGCAUGCUGCGGGACUACCAGGAGCUGCUGAAUGUCAAACUGGCCCUGGAUAUUGAGAUUGCAACAUAUAAGACUCUCCUGGAGGGCGAAGAGAACAGGAUCUGUGAGGGGAUGUCUCCAGUUAAUUGCCUGAACGUCACUAAUUCCCUGUACGGUUUCAAGACGUCACUCUGGGCCACAGCCAGGCGGUGUGCACAGGAUGACUGUCCAGGAACCACUGUGAUUUUAAUGGAAAACCAUCAGUCGUCUUUGGAUGCUUCAACUCAGCUGCACCAGAACAAAGUGAAUUUUGGACCUUUCUGUGUGGUGGUCAAACCAAACAUCCGGGCUUGUGUCAUUGAGGUGGCUUGA